GCAAAAUUACUAUAAAAUUUAAAUACUUUAAAACUGCCCCAAUUUACGUUUUUCCUUCGCAACUGCAGUAUAUAUAGUCAAAGAAAAAAAAUUCAAUUUCUUUUAUAAGAGUGCAGAAAUGAAUCUGUAUUGGAAUUUGUGCGUGCCUAAACCUAAAAGGUGGAAAAUCGGAGUCAGAAAAUUGGAAUUUGUAGACGACAACUUGUACGGGGAUGCCUCGCUACACAAAUGAGCCCCCUGCGGUUCGCGUCUAUGCGAUUUGCGACGAGUCAAGGUAUUUGAUUGUGAGGAAUGUUCCGGCAUUGGGUUGCGGAGAUGACUUGCUCAAAUUGUUUUCCUCCUACGGAAACGUUGAAGAGUGUAAACCAAUGGAUGCAGAAGAAUGUGAUGAAUUUACGGAUGUUUAUUUUAUCAAAUUUCACUUGGUUAACAAUGCCAGGUUUGCAAAAAGAAAAUUGGAUGAGUUUGUUUUCCUUGGUAAUCGGCUGCAAGUCUCUUAUGCUCCUGAGUUUGAAAGCUUGCUCGAUACAAAAGAAAAGCUAGAAGUCAGGAGACGAGAAGUUUUAGCACGAUUGAAUCUUGGAAGAUCAAAGGGAUCCUCAGUCAGAUCAACUGCCACAGAUCUUUCAAAUCCUUCACACUCUCAUUAUGCCCUUGAACAGAAGUACUCUCUUGAAAAGAGGAAUUAUGGAGAUGCAGCACUCAUUUCCAACCCACGUGUUUCUCAAAUGACAAAAGUAUCCUCCGACCAGGAUUACUUCGCAUCUGAAUCUAUGAAUCAAACUGUACAUCUCGUCAGGGAAAAGCUUGAUCAGAUUCAAUCAAGCAGUGAACAUCUGCAAGCUGGACCCGUGAGCAAGAAGUCACGUGUGGACAACAGAAGGAGAAUAUAAUGCUUACCGGCCUUUAUAGAGAAUGGCCAGCGGGGGUGUCUACAUUGUAUCAAAAGCUAUUUUGACACAUCACAUAUAUGUUUAUAGUGUAAAUAUUUAACAAUUCAUCUUUAUUUACAAAGGUAAUAAUGGAGUAGAGCAUACACCAAAGUUCUGUAUGAGGAGCUUUAUUUUCUUUUCCCCCUAUAUUGGGGAUCAUGAUAGUUAAAAAGCAUUUUCCAUUCA